AGAGAGAGAGAAAGAGAGACAGGCAUGGCGGUGCCCACGUCGAUCCUGGGGCCCCCGCCGGUCAGCCAGAGCGGCCCCGGCUCGAUGGCGCCCUGGUGCUCUAUGAGCAGUGGCCCGUCUCGCUACGUGCUCGGGAUGCAGGAGCUGUUCCGAGGCCACAGCAAGACGCGCGAGUUCCCGGCGCACAGUGCCAAGGUGCACUCGGUGGCCUGGAGCUGCGACGGCCGUCGCUUGGCCUCGGGGUCCUUCGACAAGACUGCCAGCGUGUUCCUGCUGGAGAAGGACCGGCUGGUCAAAGAAAACAACUACCGGGGGCACGGAGAUAGUGUGGAUCAGCUUUGCUGGCAUCCAAGCAACCCUGACCUCUUUGUCACCGCGUCUGGCGAUAAAACCAUUCGCAUCUGGGAUGUGAGGACUACAAAGUGCAUUGCCACUGUGAACACUAAAGGGGAGAACAUUAAUAUCUGCUGGAGUCCCGAUGGGCAGACCAUUGCUGUGGGCAACAAGGAUGAUGUUGUGACCUUUAUUGAUGCUAAGACACACCGUUCCAAAGCAGAAGAACAGUUCAAGUUUGAGGUCAAUGAAAUCUCCUGGAAUAAUGAUAAUAACAUGUUCUUCCUGACCAAUGGCAAUGGUUGUAUCAACAUUCUCAGCUACCCCGAGCUAAAGCCUGUGCAGUCCAUCAAUGCCCAUCCUUCUAACUGCAUCUGUAUCAAGUUUGACCCCAUGGGGAAGUAUUUCGCCACAGGAAGUGCAGAUGCUUUGGUUAGCCUCUGGGAUGUCGAUGAGUUAGUGUGUGUGCGCUGCUUCUCCAGACUGGACUGGCCUGUGAGGACCCUCAGUUUCAGCCACGAUGGGAAAAUGCUGGCGUCGGCCUCAGAGGAUCAUUUCAUUGACAUAGCCGAAGUCGAGACAGGCGACAAGCUGUGGGAGGUGCAGUGUGAGUCCCCGACUUUCACCGUGGCUUGGCACCCCAAGAGGCCUCUACUGGCAUUUGCCUGUGAUGACAAAGAUGGCAAAUACGACAGCAGUCGGGAAGCCGGAACUGUGAAGCUGUUUGGGCUUCCAAAUGACUCCUGAGAGGGAGAGGCAAAGGCCUUCGCUUGUAUCAUUUGAUCACUUCUCUUGGACUUUGUGGGCACUCAGUGUUUAUAAAUUGUUAGAAAUUACAAAAAACUUUGGUCAGACUGUGCAUCCCUAGUCCUGUCUGUGGUGCUGAGACUGAACUGACCUUACUGUGGUAAACAAGGGCUUGUAUUAGCUGUUUUCCAUCCUUACCCCAUUGCCAGUUACCUAUUGGGGACCCAUUUUAUGGGUCUUUAGGGGACCAGAACUGAUAGAACGCACGCAUGCACGCACUCACUCACUCAUGUGGGAUUUAUCAGAAUGGCUUACAGCCUCUUUUUGAAUACUGCAAUGACGAAUGUCUCCGGAGGGAAAGGCCAAGACUGGGUAGAUGUCUCAGCAGAGCUGAUCUGGUGCUGGAGUCCUGAGGAAUCCCUAGAGAGCUGCAGCUAUGUUGGAAUCCUGAAGAAGUAGGUUCUAAUACUAGCGAAGGAAUGUCUCAGCAGCAGGACAGAUGAACCCGGCAAUGAGAGAGAGGACAAGCAGGCAAAAAGCAAAAGCUUCCCUUUUCCAUGUCUUUUUAUAGGCUGCCACUGGAAUGUGUGGCCCAGGUUUGGGGUUAGGUCUGAUAGGUUUGCCCAGCUGGUUAGGUUUCACUGGUUGCCAGAUACAGUCAAGUUGACACCCAAGAGUAACCAUCACAUGACUGGCACAGCAUGUCCCCUGGGAGGGCCCUGUCUGCUGGAUUUUAUGUAUACGGCAGAGUUUGUUGUGCAUGAUGCUGCAUAGGCAGUAUUUAUUUAGAGGGAGCACAGGAUCGGGAUGGGAUUUUUAAAAAUAAUUUUAAGGGUUGAGCGUUUAAUAAAACUGGCUUUUAUUAUGAAA